CCGUGAGACCUUCUCAACAUGACCAAAAACAAAGAAAAAAAGGAUAUCACUCGGGAAACCCUUCGACUGCACGACAUUCACUAUGACGAGGAGGUCUAUCGAGGUCGUGACGAGCUGACACUGACACAACGGCCUGACGCUGUUAUACUUCCAGAUCAUGUCGAAGCAGUCCGAGAAGCGCUUUUGACUUUCGAAGGCUUGGUACCACACAACUGGGAACGUCAUCUACUCGAUGAGUUCGUGGAACACGGGUCGGAAGGAAUUGGCCCAUCCUGGAAUCUCCAACCACCGGGCUCUGCGAUCAUUCCUAAGAAAGCAUAUGAGUUUGGCCUUCGAAGUUCCGAUUUCUCAUGGGCCCCAGCCCACAACGCUCUCAAAGACGAUGAAAAACUAGCGGAAACCGCGCGGCAAAUGCUUGCAGAUGCGGAAAGUGGAUGGAAAUUGUUCUGGAGAAGCAAACUCUUCAGGAAUUUCAGUGACGAAGCUUGCAAACAGCCGGGAUUUAGCCCUAUGUUGGACACUUGGUCGCUGGAAGAAGACAUGCUGUGGACUGAAUUCCCAAGUCUGGAACCCCAGCUUUCACAAGUAAAAGGUCGGACUCAACCGAAGCCUGACCUGACGUACUCAUUUCCCAUUUUGAGUCCCGCCAUAACGAGUCUGAGGGGCUUCGAGAGAGAUGAGUUCAUGCAAUGCUUCUCCCUCGAAUCCCUUAGUAGACUAAACAGAAACGGAGUACUUUGUGCACCAACAACUGGAUUGCGUCGGUGGUCACACUCUCCCGAGGGAACAAAAUUAGAUACUUCGGAUCUUUCUUGCUUUCCGUGGGCGGUCAUUGAGAUGAAGAAACAAGCUGAUGUUUCUGAAGCAUCUGUGGAGAGAUGUUACUGCCAGGCAGCAAAUGCUGCAGCCGCGGCACUCGAGUUUCAAGCACAGCUUUUCGAAAAGGACAGUGAUCUUCGCUUCUCGGAACUACCACCUGUUAUCGCGUUUACAUGCAUUGGGCCGCUCGUCAAGGUCUGGCUUAUGUAUCGAACUAAUCCGGUACUCUUUAUUCCGAUGCAGCGGCGAAUGGUCUGUAUCUGGUCAACCACUGUUCAACUAACCUGGGGAGUUACGGCCCUCCGUGAAAUCGUCGCGCAUAUGCAUAUAUGGGCUUCACGACUGCUCAAGCCAAAAGUCCAGGCGUGGGUGUUUCAAGCCUCAAGACACCUACCACAAAGUGCUCCCAGAAAUGAGUCAGUCCCGAAAAUACACUUUGACCCUCCUCUGUUCAGCAGUCCAGAGAUCAACACUCCAACCGUCGUUGAUUUUAACAAUCCAAUUACCAACAAGAGAGAUUCCCCAACAGCACACAACGCACCCUCCACGUGCCUACAGCGGCGCUCACUCGCUCGUCUACGAGCUCUCAAAUCACGAGGAAAGGCUUUUUCGAGGAAUCCAUUUAAUGCUCCAUAUGCGGAGAGCUCGACUUCCCCCUCAUUAACUCCACACAGCGAUUUCUCGGGCGCACCCUCAUUUCGCCUUUUUGGACAUAACUAUCCUUUGACAUCUAAGAAGCCAGACGGCAUAUCAAACACCCCCAAGCUUACCCAAUCCUGCAAGGAGAGUAAAAUGAAUGAGAACACCCGCGACGGUCGUAGCGACUCAGGUCUAUUUCAAGGCCACAAGCAAAUAUCUCAAAGCCAAAACGAGCCAGAAAAGGCAAAAGAGCAUGGAGUAAUGAGCCAAAGUUCUCCUCGCUCACAUAGUGCUUCUUCCGAAUCUAGCAAUUAUUCGACCGAUUCUGGAAGCGAUCAAGAGGGCGUGGGCUUAGGCCUCGAAAGUGGCGAAGAAUCUGAUGAUUCAGACUUCAACCCCAGCGACGAGAGCGAGUAUGAGUCAUCGCAAGACGACUCAGAGUCUGAGGCGGACACUAUGAAUGCGAAGCCGGACAUCAAAGUGACAAAGAAAGAUGUCAAAAGAUGGAGAGCAGCGUCCCUGCAAACGCUAAGCGGGAAGCAAAUAGCGGGCAUGCCUGUCCUCGAGAAGUACUUCGACCGCCUCAGUCGAAUGCUGCAGCUGCAGAUGGUCGAGAGAGCAUUAGGGGACGGCAGCAUGAAACUCAGUGCUCAUGGUGACUAUGAGGAAAACAAUGAAAGCGACCUUGUCGAACUCAUCUUUUACCUGAACGGAUUCUUGGGAUCGGGCCCGUAUCUCAGCAAGGAAGCGUUUCGUAGCCGGAAUGCACGCCCUUUUAUCAUUAUCGCACUGGCUAGUAUCUACCUUAAAAACAGUAGCGUAAACUCGCACCUAAUGUGGCGCUGCUUGCGUCUAACCCUCUCCGUUCGAAGUGGAUAUCACUGUGUAGAGAUUCUCUCUCCUCACUUGUUACAUCUCACUGAAGACGAGAGGGACGAGUGGGGAAAGGAUGAAUUUCUCAAGCUUAAUGAGAAAGAUCAAGAUUCAGCGAUACUUCGGUAGGAGGUGAACUUAAGCGCAGAACACGCGUUCGGUGUCGAUGGAUCUGGAUUAAUUGUAUCUUGGAAGUUACCUUUAUAUUUUUUUCUUAAUAGAAAAGGUGGCUCGUUGAGCAGGUAGUAGCCAUGAGAGAAUUAGUAGUAGACGUGGAGCAUCGUUGGCCAUGUUUGGGCCAAUGACUAAGAUACCGAGGGGAAGUUACGUCCAUAUACAAUUGGUAUGCCUAUAAUGUGCAAAAUAAAUCAUCGUUAGGACUACACGUAGAGGUACAUAUAUUAAACCUCAGUAACAAUACAGUAAAC